AUGAAGCUCGAAUCGGGGAAUCGAACUCGCUCCGCAUCGCUAGGUCGUUCCCGUGACUAUGAGCGCCACUACCGAUACUGGACUUUCCUUUUUGACCACCUUAGCCGGAUAAUUGACGAAAUUUUUCAAAAUUGUGAGGAGGACGGCUCCAUUGACCAGUGCAAGGAUGCCAUACUGACCUUGGAGAAUUACGUUAAUAAAUUCCAAAAGCUGCAUGAAUGGUUCAAGCUGAAUAAGAACCUUGAGACGACACCUCAACGACCGAAUUCCGUUUCCUGGGAAGUGCAAAAACGGCUGUCCAAGAAGACGUUUUUGGAGUACUACCUGGACAAUGAUUUACUCAAAACUCGCCAUUGUGAUAGUGGAAGUGCAAUUAAGAGGAUCGAUACAACGCCACCUACUCCGGUAGAGAGCUAUUCAGAUAAGAUUAUCAUAAAGAGUACUCCAGUUUCAAAAUCUACUUCCCCCGCUGAAAAGCCAGUCAAAAAUCAGGGGAAACUUCAGAACGGAACAUCAGCGACCAAUAUUUCCCCUACAGCCACUGUGCUUCAGAAACAGUCCUCCAGGGUCACAAUCAACAUUCCGCACGAAAAAAGAACACCAGUAUCUAACAAAGCUAAGCUUCCAAAAGCUACUCCACAAGUGGCAUUUUCACCUNGUCAGAAACAGUCCUCCAGGGUCACAAUCAACAUUCCGUACGAAAAGAUGACACCAGUAUCUAACAAAGCUAAGCUUCCAAAAGCUACUUCACAAGUGGCAUUUUCUCCUUCUGCGGAUAAGAAUUCUUCACUGAAUCGAUGCAACAGCUUCAACACCAUAACCCUUUCUUCAAAGUACGAUCUUGAUGAAGAUGGUUUUCAGGUUGUGAGGUACAAGCAACGUCACAAAGCUUCCCAGUUGAAAAUUAACAAUUCAGAAAGAAAUUAUCACAAAAAUGCCACUGAAAACGGGGCUGCUACCAAUGGAUGGACACGGAUUGACAAUAACAUGGCUGGUGAUAACAGAACGCCGGGUAGAGCACUUCAGUUGAAUGAGAAGUUUCUGUCACCAUCGCGAAAGCGAUCAGUGAAUGACACUUUGAAGAAACAGGAGGAAAAACAGGCCAAGGCACAAGAAGCCCGCGAAAAGUUGCUCGAACAGAAGGCAGGAAAGUUUAAAGGCAUUGUCAAAAAGGUAGAGGAAAUCAAGGCUCACAAAGAAGAGCAGCAGAACAAGCUCAAAGAGUCUAUGGAGAAGCGUCUUCAGCGGGCAGACGAGAAGCGACAGGAACAAAUUAACAAGAUAGUGCGAAAGGCUCAUGAUGAAGACGCCAAAGUGACUGAGAUACUGUUUAUCAACUCAAUGGAGGCCGACUCAAAGAAGUUUGAGAUUUCAAGGAAAGAAAAAGGCAACGAAUUGCGACUACAGGACUUGCAAGAGGAAAGACAGCGCAAGUUGGAGGAAAAAGCGUCCAAAGAGGCCGCUUUUGAGAAGCGUAGACAAGCGCUAGAAUCAGAGAAGCAGGCAAGAAUUGAAAAGCUGAAAGAACAGCGAAUGAUUAAGGUACAGAAAAUUGAGCAGCAACAGCAGGAAAAAGAAAAAGAACGUCAAGAGUUGGCUUUCCAAAAGGAGCUAGAUCGCAAGUCAAAGCUGUCUGCACUGAGCGCAUUACAUGCUGCUGAGAAGGAAGAGCUGCAAAAGAAGAUUAUUCUGAAACAGGAAGAGAGCCGGCGACGUCAUGAAGAAAAUAUGGAGCAAAUUCGGCAGAAGGCCCUCGAGUUGUCGGUGAGAUCGGUGGGCGUCAGUGAUGAUGCUCUGGUUUGUGUGCCCUAUGACACCGUCAAGAUGUGCGCCGUCUGCAAGGUGAUCAUCAAGUCGGAGGUGUACCUGUUUGGCCAUUUACGAGGCAAAAAGCACAAUGAUGCAGUGAAGGAGCUAAACGAUGGCAAGACGCCCAGUGUGGAAGAACUGGAGAACUACAAUUUGAAGAACAUCAUUGACGCUCCCCUGCAUCCGGACUCGUCAAUGACUGAUCUCAAAUCAUUCCAAGACUGUGAUAGUGAAAAGUUGAAGCAGGCACGGAAAAAGUCAAAGAAACUAAAGCAAAGGAUUGUCGCUCGAGUUGGUUUGUUUGAGGAGAAGUACGUAUCAAAGUCGGCGGACUCAUUUGCGGCGAUUCCAAAGGAAGUAAAAAGCAAAUUUACCAAAAUCAUCAAGGAGUUGAGCACUUUACAUGCGAAUGACCGAAUCAGUGGACAGUGGUCGGCUAACAUGGUGCGAAGUGUAGAGAGAAUGCUUUCCGAUUUAGAACGACUUUGCCAGAAGAACCAACAGCAUACUGAAUACUUUCACUCAAUCAACGGCAUUUCACUACUUACCAAGCUGCUAUCUCGCAUAUUGAAUGGAACGAAUGAAAGGCCAACAUCACUCACCGAUAGUGCCAACACAAAGUUGGCCAACUUUUACAAGCUCCUCUGCACUCAAAGUUGGUCCAUUUGUCAUUUUUUCCUGCAGUCGAGCAACAUUAUUUCUAUGCUGGAUAUUCUCUACCACCGGUUGAAUGUGUGCAUCAGCUCUAAUGUUAACACAAACUUUCCAUACGAUCCUGUGGUGGGAAGCAUUUGUGAAUUCUUUUCAGCCAUAUUUGAGGGCAUUUUUCAGCACUACAGCUCAAACAAUAAGGAAGUCCAAAAGGAAUGUGAUACACUUAUUCUGCACGUCAAAGACAUAAUCAACUACCUUGUGAUAUUCGGAGUGAUCGACAAGCUGUCCAUGAUUCUAUCCAGCAUUCGCGGCUCAACCAAUGACAUGCCUCAGCAUGGCCUCUUUGUCAAGCAGAUAAUCGUCCUUUUCAGUGCAAUUUGCAAACUUCUAACGCUUUUUCCCUCGUGCAAUCAACACGACAUAUCGUAUGGUAUUAAAUUGACCGAAGACGAUACCCAGUUUCUGCUGACCUUGCGCGUGAAUCAGCUUUGCGGGACGGUGUCACUGCUGUACGGCUUUCUGCUGCACUCAGGCACGCCAGUUCGCAACGACACUGUGCCCGUCGUCGUACCGAACUAUACACUGAAAGUGGCAUUGGAGGCAAUUCGAUUCUUCAACUACAUUGCCCUACUCGACAUCAACUUUAUUCAGGUUUGA